AUGAAAAUUCCCUUGCAAUUAUUUAUCUAUCUAAACUUCUCACUUUUCAGAAUUUUCCUCUUCUCUAUUCUGUAUCUCUCUCUCUCUCUCUCUAUUCUGUAUCUCUCUCUCUCUCUCUAUUCUGUAUCUCUCUCUCUCUCUCUCUAUUCUGUAUCUCUCUCUCUCUCUUCUUUCUCUAUUCUCUCUCUCUCUCUUCUUUCUCUAUUCUCUCUCUCUCUCUCCUUUCUCUAUUCUGUAUCUCUCCUUUCUAUUCUGUCUCUCUCUCUUUCUCUAUUCUGUAUCUCUCCUUUCUCUAUCUCUCCUUUCUCUAUUCUGUCUCCUUUCUUUCUAUCUCUCCUUUCUCUAUUCUGUAUCUCUCCUUUCUCUAUUCUGUAUCUCUCCUUUCUCUAUUCUGUAUCUCUCCUUUCUCUAUUCUGUAUCUCUCCUUUCUCUAUUCUGUAUCUCUCCUUUCUCUAUUCUGUAUCUCUCUCCUUUCUCUAUUCUGUAUCUCUCCUUUCUCUAUUCUGUAUCUCCUUUUCUCUAUUCUGUAUCUCUCCUUUCUCUAUUCUGUAUCUCUCCUUUCUCUAUUCUGUAUCUCUCUCUCUCUCCUUUCUCUAUUCUGUAUCUCUCUCUCUCUCCUUUCUCUAUUCUGUAUCUCUCUCUCUCCUUUCUCUAUUCUGUAUCUCUCUCUCUUUCUCUAUUCUGUUCUCUCUCUCUCUCUCUUCUCUAUUCUGUAUCUCUCUCUCUCUCUUUCUCUAUUCUGUAUCUCUCUCUCUCUCUCUCCUUUCUCUAUUCUGUAUCUCUCUCUCUCUCCUUUCUCUAUUCUGUAUCUCUCUCUCUCUCUAUUCUUUCUCUAUUCUGUCUCCUUUCUCUCUCUCUCUCUCUCUCUCCUUUCUCUAUUCUGUCUCUCUCUCUCUCUCUCCUUUCUCUAUUCUGUAUCUCUCUCUCUCUCUCCUUUCUCUAUUCUGUAUCUCUCUCUCUCUCUCCUUUCUCUAUUCUGUAUCUCUCUCUCUCUCCUUUCUCUAUUCUGUAUCUCUCUUUUCUUUCACUCACUCCUGUGAUCUUUCUCUCUACCCAUUUCUCUCUCUCUCUCUCUCUCUACCCUCUUGCAUUACAACUCUACAUUUCAUAUCUCCCUUCUACUUGUAA